AUGCUCUUUAGGGAGACGGAGGGUCAAGGGAAAGAUGCCGGAACCUGGAAGGAGGUUCGCCGGAGGAAACCACUUGAGGAAAAACAUAUCACCUCCUUCCAUGUAUCGAAUAUACAAUACGACACCACUACAACCAUGUUAAGCGAGGCAUUUCGGAAAUUUGGGAAAAUAGUCGACAUCUAUAUUCUUGGGAGAAAAGACAAAGCGGGUUCAUAUUUCGCGUUCGUGAAAUAUGAAGGGAUCAAAGAUGUACAGGUGAUGCUAAACUCACUGAACCAAAUAAGAUGUGGGCACUGUAUCAUGAAGGUAAACAUUGCCAAGUAUGAGAAGAAGCCGAAUCAUAAGAUUCAUGGGCAAGCAUUUCGUCAAGUUCAGCCACCACAGAUCAAAAAGGAUGUUGGUGGAUGGAAAAAGACAAGUGAGGGCAAAUCCUUUGUAGAUGUUAUUACCGGUAGAACGAAUACGUCUUAG